AUGCUUGCUGAACUGAAGGGAGGUGAAGAGCGCAGCUCUCAAAAAGCUCUCCCUGAGGGCUCCAGCAGCCAUGUGUCUCAGGAGGUCUUCUGCCCAGCAGUGGUGGCACUGACCUCUUCUGACUACUUUAACACGCUUUCCCUGAUACCUUUGGAUGUGAAGAACAACAUCUACACAGACGCCAUGGAGCAGCACCUCUUUGGCUACCCGCCUUUUGCAGAUCCUACAUGUCCAGACGUCCCUACAGCAUCCCAGAGGCCUAUGUACUCUGCGCUGAAUAUGUAUCGGGCAAGCGGGGGCAACCCCCAGUGUGGCCCCAUUUCGGCGAUCCUAUCCCGACGCUACGUCAACGGAAGCGCUGUGGCAGCACCCAUUGACACCGGCCUGUUUGCCGGGUUCUGCAGCCUCGACAGCAAGGAAGCUGUGGAGUUCAACGGCGUCCGCUGCUUGCGAUGUGAAACCUGGUCCUCUCCUGCGCAGCGAGUGCUGGGAACACCUGCGCUCCUAGACCACCUGCUUCCCGCGUUCUUGCGCUUCUACAACGCAACUGAAGCGGUUGCAGGCGACAGCUACAUGGAGUACAACUUAGCCAGGCUGUUGAUCCGACUGCUCUCACGCAAGACGUACGCACACGCCCUGGCACCUGCUUCGCAGCCUCAAUCACAAGAUCCACUCAAGCUGAACACGUUGGAGAACAUCUUGGGCUACAUGGAGGUCAACCCUUUGGUCACCAUCCGCUAUCCAGACGGCGUGGUGAUGUUGGUCGGCCUCUUUGAGUCACUCUUCGGCACUGACGAUGGGCUCCGACUACGUCAGUGGUGUGUUGAUCGCGGAUGGCCACUCGCCUGGGCGCACAACCCAGCGAUAUCAUCCUGGAAUUGUGGGCCAGCCACGGAGGACUGCCUCAUGCCAAGCGCGAACUUCUCUCAGGGCAUCCAGGCGGCGAAUCUGCGGUUGCUGGAUCCAGUCGUGCUCAAGGCUGUGCCAGAAGGCCACAACCUGACCACUGAGCCAAGCUUUGCAGAGUCCGAAAGAGCAUUUGCCUCGACCUGGGCACUGGCGAUGAAAGGAGUUCCUUCCGGCAAGCCUUCUCCGCCUCGGCCCUGGCCCCCGGUGGCGCGCCUGGCUCAGAUGAGCCGCCUUUGGUCAGUGCUUUCGGAAGAGCCUGCCGUGCAGCAGCUAGCUGUGGAACCCGUGUACUUCCAGGCCUGCUCCAGCUCGGAUUGCGCUGGCGUGCGCGUCCUCGACAGAAAGUGCGUCUGCCGCCCCACGGAGAGCGUGUCGUAA